AUGAAUGUCGGUAACAUGGACGCGGAGAACCGCGUCGUCCUCAACGUUGGUGGAAUUCGACAUGAAACGUACAAAGCGACGCUCAAAAAAAUUCCUGCCACUAGACUUUCCAGGCUCACGGAAGCACUAGCCAACUACGACCCGAUACUCAACGAGUACUUCUUCGAUAGGCAUCCUGGAGUUUUCGCACAAGUAUUAAAUUAUUACAGGACGGGCAAACUGCACUAUCCUUCCGAUGUCUGUGGACCACUUUUUGAAGAGGAAUUAGAAUUUUGGGGUUUAGACGCGAAUCAAGUAGAGCCCUGCUGUUGGAUGACGUAUACACAGCACAGGGAUACGCAGGAGACUUUAGCCGUUUUAGAUAGGUUAGAUUUAGAUACAGAAAAACCUAGUGACGAGGAAAUAGCUCGAAAGUUUGGUUUCGAAGAAGACUAUUUUAGAGGGACACUCUCGUGGUGGCAAUUGAUCAAACCGAAAAUUUGGUCGCUGUUUGACGAACCAUAUUCAUCGACAGCGGCAAAAGUAAUUGGUGUGUUGUCAGUAUUCUUCAUAUGCGUAUCAAUUCUUUCGUUUUGUUUAAAAACACAUCCAGAUAUGAAAGUACCAUCGCUUAAGCUUAUAGGAGUAAGGACACCCGGAAAUGGAACAGACUAUUAUUUUGACAAAAUCGACACAGACGCUCAUAUAGCCUUCUUCUACAUCGAAUGUAUCUGCAAUGCUUGGUUUACUUUUGAGAUCCUUAUUAGGUUUAUUGCAAGCCCGAACAAAUGCGAAUUCAUCAACUCAUCCGUCAACAUAAUCGAUUACAUAGCCACGGCCAGCUUUUACAUCGACUUGUUGCUCAGAAAGUUCGCCUCUCACGUGGACAAUGCGGACAUCAUGGAAUUCUUCUCCAUCAUCCGCAUAAUGAGGUUAUUCAAGCUCACUCGCCAUUCUUCCGGCCUGAAAAUUCUGAUUCAGACAUUCAGAGCAUCGGCGAAAGAACUCACUUUACUGGUGUUUUUCCUCGUUCUAGGUAUAGUUAUUUUCGCGAGUUUAGUGUACUACGCGGAAAGGAUUCAAACAAAUCCCGAUAACGACUUUAAGAGCAUACCACUGGGUUUGUGGUGGGCUCUGGUGACCAUGACCACUGUGGGUUAUGGGGAUAUGGUGCCUAAGACUUAUAUUGGAAUGUUCGUGGGUGCUUUAUGUGCUUUAGCGGGUGUACUGACGAUAGCCUUACCCGUGCCAGUCAUAGUCUCCAAUUUUGCGAUGUACUACAGUCAUACGCAGGCUCGCGCAAAACUUCCCAAAAAGCGGCGACGAGUUCUUCCCGUAGAGCCAACGAGGGGGCCUCGUUUACCGGGCCAGCCUGGAGUUCCCCCAGCCACAGGCCCCAUGGGCCCCUCGGCGGUGGAGCAAAAUCGCCGCAUGAAUGCCAUUAAAUCAAAUAAUCCCAAAGAUAUGCUGAUGUCGUCGCCGGUUCCCAAAAUGGGACUGAUAGGGGUGACAUCAUCCCUAAAUCCAAACGGGGUUGGACUAGAAUCAAAUCCAGCGUUUUUGAUGGGCAAACCAAAAUUUGAGAGUCCGCCAACAUCGCAACCGACGCAAGUAAAUCUAGCUCAAAGUUCUGGCCAAACUUAUACGACUACAGUGAAGACAUCAUCAUAA